GAGAUUGAGAGAGCUUGAGGUUUUGAGUUAGUUUUCUCAAGAGAUUAAUAAGAAGAGUUUUCUUAUUUGAGUUGAUAAUCUUAUUCGUGAGAUUCUAUAUUUGUGAGACUUGAUUUCUAUCUUUGGUAUCAGAGCUUGAGACGAGCCAUGGGAUCGAUCGGUGUUCCGGUGUUCUACGGUGGAGAUCCGGAGAGGUGGGUUGAGUGGAUUGACGCAUUCGUUGUUACUCACAACUUCACCGUAUUCAAAACAAGACAGUUACCAUAUGGGUUCAUUGAAGGUGAUGCUCUGUCGUGGUAUGGAGAUGAGAUUUCACGAUAUGGGUUUAGUAACUGGGAUGAGUUGAAAGUCAGAUUGCUCAAUCGGUUCAGUACACGCGUAAGACAAGAGAAGGAGCAACUGGAACAGUAUAGCUUGAUGGAUAGUUUGAAAGAGAUGAGUCAGCUUAUGAAUCGCUUUGAACAUAGAUUGAAAAAAAAAAGAGGAUACAAAGAAAUCUCAGGAAGAGAAAACAUUUGAAUCAGACGACACAAAACAGGUCGAUAGCGUCGACGGAGGAGAUGAUAUAAUUAUCUACUCAAAUCAGCUGAUUCGAUAUGUGAAGAGAGAUAUGUUGAUUCUAGACUUGUCAGUGAUGGUGCAGGAGAAUGAUGAUUCUGAGACUGAAACCCUUUUGUUCGAGGAGGAUAACAGAUCAAAGACAGAGAUGGAUAGUGGCGCCUACCAAGUGUUUGAGAAAAUUCUCAAGAGAAGAAAAAAAAUAAUAAAGAAUAAGAGAUCAAAAGGACUCUUCAGUGAUAUUAAAGAUCGGUUGGUAGAGAUUUUAAACCACAAAGAGAGUGAUAACUCAGACAUGUUGGGGAUACAAAUGGAGAACACAAACAAGAGACAAAGAAAGAGUUGGUUGGAGUGGAGUAAAGGGAGCUGUCACUGUGCACACACUCGGGAAAAGUUAGACAGAAAGUGGAUGCUCAUGUUCAGAGAGACGAAGAUGUGCGAUGAGUUUGUGAAGCUAUGGACGGAUCAGAAGGAGCUAGCAAAUCUUCACUCAGAGAUACCUACCAUGUAUAGGCACGAGAUAAACAGGAUCAUUGCACACAUAUUUAUAUAUUGGUAGAGGAAUGAUCUUGGUGAACUGUGAGACUAGGUCUGCGAAGUUGAAUUUGGUGGGGAAAGACAGGUACAUAGUCACCAUGGAUGUUGACAGGAAGAUUCUUGUAACGACCCAAUUUUGGUUACAGAGUUUGUUAGCACGCCAACGCCCAUGCACACACCCACAGUGACUGAGCCACCACCAGAGCUCGCCGGAGUCGCCUCAUGCAGUGAUCACGUCCAGCUUGUCACCACCGAUCGCAGCCCUAGACCAUCAUCGUGUUCCUCUCGACGAGACGAAUCCAUAGCCACUAAAAUCGUCGAAAUCGGAGCUCAGACGAAGCCGUACGAGCCUCCAGAAGAGCAGCCUUCGCGCGCGCGUGAAACAGACGCUCCGCCGUCUCUUCGCCGGAGCCGCCGCGCCAGGCCGCCGUCAGUUCGCCGCCGGAAAUCCGCCGCCGCGUCGCCACCGCACCGCCCCCGCGCCAGUGACUUUUCCGAUUUGGAGUCUAUUUGAGCAUCUGGAGUUCAUAGAUACCACUUCUAUACAUUUGCUAAGGUGAGAGCUCUUUCCGAACUUCUCGUACCCGACUUAGGAUUUCGAAUGAAUAUUUAUUUUUAAUAUGUUCCGUCUGCGUGAAAUCGAGUCUGUCAUUGCUUGUUUAGUUUAGGUUGUGAUGCACCCAAAAUCCAGCACCUUCCUGCUUGGUUCAUGGACGCGGCCCAAGAUGGUGACCUUUUCGACCAGCUAGACCUACCCGAGGUUUUCUCAUCAGAUUAUGCAAUCUUGGAUGAGCUGAAUACUCAAGAGAGCUGGAUUGACACUAUCAUGGACGAGCUGAUCUGGACUAACACUCACCCGGACGAGCUGAGCAAGUUGGUUCGAUCUUCCGAGCUGGUUCGACCAUCAAACCACCUGAGAAGCAACACAGACAUACGUUCAUUGUUCGAAGCAUAUCUUCUAAACCAUGAUGUUUCUUGGCGUGAAACUACUUGUAGAAUGUGCUCAACUCAAUUAUGGAACUUCUCGAAGAAGAAUCAGAUCAAACGGAGUUCAGAUGAGGGAGUUAUGCCAUGUACAAAUCAGGUGAUGUUCAGUUCUCGCGAAUUCAGACAUGUGUGGAUCGUCCCGCGUGUGUCCAUAUCCUUCCCAGCAUGGUGUGCACGACCUGAUCAUCACUGCAAGAACCUGGACACUCCAUGAACCUGGAAAGUCAAUGAAUCUCGCCAAAUCUCCCUCAAUUUCCGAACUUUGACUAGUCUUGGUCAAUUUUAUAUUUUCUAUGCAUUGUUUUCUGCACUUUUCUUUUAUUCUCUUUGACUAGAAAUACUAUAAAAUGUACCCCCUUUGUCAUUGCAAUACAUCAACGAAUUUUCUUUCUCUUUAUGAGUUUUUACUCUUUGUUCUUUGUCAAGAACAUUUCUAGUUUCUUGGUGAGGUUAUCUCCAAGUUUCGAUCCUUCCUUUGUUGGACCGGUGCGUCACAUCCGGCAACAACUGAAGUAUGGUAGUAUCAUCGGGCCUUCCGCAACCCGUUGUCUCACCGUUCAUCCCACCAGUUCUCAAUCCUUCCGGAUCUGAGUCCAUAUCAUCCGUACUGGUAGAGUGAUCCCGAUUUUGGUUCUAUCAGGUUGAUUGCUUAAACCGGAACUAGGGUGUUAGAUGGUUCAACUUUGAUUGUCUCACUUAAUGCAUUUUUUUAGUUAGAACUUUUUAUGACGGAUACAGAGACGUAAUUCUGUAUGCCGGAUUGUGUGGCGGUUACGGCCAGCUAUAGUCAACCGGCUGGCCCGUAACCUGGAAGUGUCGAUAAAACGUCUAAGGGUGGUGUCCGAGCACUAUCUCGAGUGGAGUAUAUUUAUUUAUUUUUUUGUUUGCCCUUUAGGGGGCGGCGAGUGCGCGGCUCGCUAGGACCAUUGUUUGAUGUUUGGGUACUUUAGGUACCGUGAUUGUACGUAUUAAGAUUAAAUUAUUUUUGUCCGUAAUGCUAUGUCUAUGUCCAUGAAUUUUGGGAUUAGCAUCCCAUACCUCACUGAGCGACUCCCCUGUUGCUCACCCCCCCCCCCCCCCCCUUCUUUCCCCUUUCAGGUGAGACC